GCGUCAUCUCCCUGCGCCGCCGCCGGAAGUUCGGGCUCUGUGAUGGCGGCUCUCGCCCGGGAGCUGGUGUGCUCGGCGGUGGCCGGGAUUGAGCGAUGACCCGGCUUCUGGGCGUGGUGCACAGAGUGGCUUUGGCCACUGUGGGCUGCAGUGUCCCGAGCUGCCGCAGUCUUGCCAUGUUCUAUGCCGUGAGGAGGGGCCGCAAGGCCGGGGUCUUCCGGACCUGGGAUGAAUGCAGAGCACAGGUGGACCGGUUUCCUGCAGCCAGAUUUAAGAAGUUCGCCACAGAGGAGGAAGCCUGGGCCUUUGUCAGCAGGGCUGCAAGCCCCAGUCAUUCAGAAGGGCAAAAACCUAAACACAUAGAAGAACCACAGGUGAAAGCAAGCAAGCGACUCCGUGAGCCCUUGGAUGAGGGUGAAAAUGCAGAGGUGUGUGCAAAGCACGUGAGACAGAGCACAGAGCCACCACCUCCAGUUAGCAAAGACACCUUUUCUUACAUGGGGGACUCCGUGGUUGUCUACACUGACGGCUGCUGCUCCAGUAACGGGCGCAAGAGGGCUCGCGCAGGAAUCGGCGUGUACUGGGGGCCAGGGCAUCCCUUAAAUGUAGGAAUUAGACUUCCUGGGCGACAAACAAACCAAAGGGCUGAGAUUCAUGCAGCCUGCAAAGCCAUCGAGCAAGCUAAGGCUCAGGACAUCACUAAGCUGGUUCUCUACACGGACAGCAUGUUUACCAUCAAUGGCAUCACCUCCUGGGUGAAGGGCUGGAAGCAGAAUGGCUGGAGGACCAGCACCGGGAAGGAGGUGACCAACAAGGAGGACUUCGCGGAGCUGGAGCGGCUGGCGCGGGGCAUGGACAUUCAGUGGAUGCAUGUUCCUGGCCAUUCGGGAUUUAGAGGCAACGAAGAGGCGGACAGACUAGCGAGAGAAGGCGCGAAGCAGCCCGCAGACUGAGCAGGUGCUGUGGCUCCUGGAAGCCCUGAGCCGUGGCCCGCGUCCCCUUUACUGACUGGGGUGAAGAACAAAGCUACAGGCUGGGCCCCACCGUCAGUGGGCAGACCCGGUUUUCAGACUGAACCCGGAAGGCGGGCUGCUGGUCUGUGGUGUGUGCAGUUAAGCUGGUUGGAUGGUUCAUAAAAUGAACAUUGUUCAGAUUUGAGAAUUUUGUGAGAUCUUAGCAUUAUGCUUUAUUGGGCUUGAUACUGUUCUCAUUAGCUAUAUUGCAGUUUGGACAAAAACGUCAGGGCCUUGAUUUUGCAAGGAUGAGGUAAACACGGGUUUAAAAACACAGGCAAGAAAUCUGGAUGUUUUCUGAAAGCGUUCAUUUGGCUUCCAGUUGGCAGGAUGGAGUCGGGACUCUCAGGUGGACCGGUGCCUCCGCGGGGUUGGAGGAAGGUGCGGCCCCCCCCCCUUUUGCCCCCAGGACCCAUGCUCAGCCUGGGGGACGUGGCCGCACCCGGUGGGCACGAGGCGGGGCACCUGCCCCUGGCAGUCCCUGCUGCGUGCCCGCCAGAUAGCAGCAGUCACCGGCGUCUGAAGACUGCAGGUGUAAAUGAAUGCUGUGAAAGUGUCCUCGGUUAUUUUUGUUAAAAGCACCUUGAAAAUUAAAAACUUUAACAUU